AAAGAAGAGAUUGUUUAGUUGCUCGACAUACGUGUAUGUCAUCUCCUACAAGUGCACUUGUUUAACUAUUCGAACAAUUCAGUCGUCCGCAAGCUAGCGUGAGUGUACAUGUGCAAAUUGCAAAGCUCUCCUCCAGUCCUCUCUCUCUAUAUAUACAUCUAUAGUUGCGGUCAGCUGCUAGUGGUUAGCUAGCUACUACGACAAUCGCAUUUCGGAUUUGAGGUGCAAGUGCAAAUGUGCAUGGGCAGCUUGAAGCUGUGGAGGGCGAUGGUGAGGGUGCACUCCGCGUCGUCGCAGGGGCUUGGCGCCCUCGGCGCCGCCGGAGCCAGACCCGUCGCUCCUCCACCGCCUGAUCAUCAGCCAGCGGCGGCACGGCCACGGCGCAGCGAGCAGGCGGAGGUGUUCACCAUAUGGAUGAAGUCGCUGGUUCUCAACGGCAGCGGCUGCACCGUCUACGACUCCGCCGGCAGCAUCGUCUACCGCGUCGACAACUACGGCGCCCGCCGCGCCGCCGACGUCUGCCUCAUGGACGUCGCUGGCAACGUCGUCCUACAGAUACUCAAGAAGAAGAAGCUCGGGUUCGGGAGGAGGUGGGAGGGAUACAGGUGCGCCGAUCAGGAGCAGCAGCAGCAGGAGCGGCAGCGGCCGUGGUUGAAGGUGGUCCGGGCGUGGGCGUGGCGCGGGCCGUCGCGCUGCACCUGCGACUGCGAGCUAGGCGGCCUCGGCCUAGGUGGCGACUCGACGUCGACGACGGCCGUGCGCUACAGGAUGGACGACGGGAGGAUCGCGCCGGCGCGCGGAGCCAGGAUCGUGGACGGCGCCACGGGGCUCGCCGUGGCCGAGGUGAAGCGGAAGACGACGGCCGAGGGCGUGGCGCUCGGCGCCGACGUGCUCACCCUGGCAGUGGAGCCUGGCGUGGACCGGUCCGUCAUCAUGGGCCUCGUGCUCGUGCACGGCCUCAUCAACCGCGCCAUGUGAGAUACUUAUGGACAGAUGGAUACUGAUACUGUUAUUAUUACAUAGCACUGGUAUGCAUACUUCUCAGAGUGAUUAUGCAUAGUAAUAAUUAAUAAUAGGAGGUGGUCGUGUUCUUCACUUC